CAAUGGUUGUUGUUGUAAUUGAUAAACUUCCAAGAGAAACCCAGUCGACUACAAAUGGUGUCCGGUCUAUCAAGGAUUUCAUUGUGGUUGAUGAACUGCUGAAACCAGUGCAAUUCACACUUUGGGAUGAGUUGGCGCUAACUAAGGGAGUUGAAAUCUUUGAGGAACUAACUGCAAAAAAGUAUCCUAUAGUGAGCCUAGAAGACAUUAAGGCUACCGACUUCAAAGGGAUAUCUUUGACUUCAAUGUCUCAUUCAACAAUCACUCUCAAUUCCGAUUUGCCUCGUGUUGCAGAAUUGGAGAAAUGGGCUAUUGACCACAAAUCCACCCUCGAUGCUGUGAAGGCUGGCCGCAAGUUCUUGGAUGCUGGCUUCCACCUAGCAAAUCCUGACAACGAAACAAUCACCCCAAUAGCUAAAGUCCCUGCUAUCAUUCCUCAAGGAAGGCCUAUUUGGAUCAAAGGCACAAUCACUUUGGUUUUAGAAAACUAUAGCCUCUGGUAUGUUGCUUGUAGCCAUUGUGCCAAAAUAAAACAUGCUGGUUGUGACGCAAUAUUUCACUGCAUGAGUUGCGGUCAAGAAAAUGCUUAUGGCGUUCCAAGGGCCAAAUUACAUGUCAUAAUUGAAGAUGAUACAGGAUCUGUCAGUGGAAUAAUGUUUGGCUUGUGCGCUGAAAAGUUAUUGCUUAUGACAAGCAAGCAAGUCAUGGAAAUAGAAUCACAGGGGAAAAAAGCUUCAUUCCCAUACAUAAACAAGCGCCUUGCUAAGGAAGAGUACAUAGUCCAGUUGAGGUCUUCACCAGACAAUUGGAGUUCAAAAAACAACUAUCCGCGUACUUCAAAGACAUCUUAUAUCAUAACAUCUUUGCACGAGUCAUCGUUGCACAUAAUAAAGAUGGAUGAAGCAAAUGCUGCCGAUCACACUGCACCCUGUGAAAGCACAAGCACUUCAAGUCCUCCAAUGAAACGCAUCAAAACAGUGUGACGGAGAAUACACAACCAUCCAAACCAUUCCACUACUCACCAAACUGUGUCAUUACAUUCAAAUACUUUCAUUUUUUGCAGUACUAUGUUCCAUUUUUAUUUUUGAAUGUUAUCGCUUCUGCAACCAUAAACAUAUUUUCCCAUGAUACACUACUAAGCUUGUUUCCAUGAUACAAUAUUAUGUCUAUUUCUUCUCAUUUUAAUAAAUUACACACUAAUAAUGCAAUCAUGAAAUUUUCAUUA